AUGGAGCAAGGUAAGUCAGAAUCAACUUGUUUAUAAGUAAAAGUUAUGUAAGUUUUAUUUUAAUGUCACAAGUAUUAAACGAAGUUUUAUUUUAGAGUCGCGAGUUUGAUAGUAUUUUAUAUUUACUGGCUAGUAUUUCAAAAGCGCGUGUCUUGCUUCUACUAUAAAGUAAAUAAGCUCUUUCUAAAUUUAAUAGGAAACUUGUAUUUGUGGUAGAAUUUUUUAGUUUAUUAACAAAAGAAGCUAAAAAUGAAAACAUUGGAAACCCAAGACCAAGUAGAGUUAUUUGAAUCGUAAAGAUAUAAAAUGCGUCAUGAAAUUUUACGAGUUGACAUGUGUCAUUAGUUAUGGCCAAAUGGUUUCGACUAUAAAAUGACUAAAAUAUUAAGAUUGGUUGAGGGUUUAAUAAAUUAAGGUGGCAAAUCACUAAGCCACGUUUUCAACAAAUUAUUUGAUGUUAAAAUACUUUUUCAGUUGUGUACGUAAAUGAAUUGUGUGCAGUUAUUAAACUUUGGUCGUGGCUAACUGCCCUAGACCUAAGCGAGUUCGUUUAUCUAUAAAAUAUGUUCGGUAUUUUUCUCCACUAUCAAUCUAAGACUAAAUAAAGUUGUUCGAAGCAGAGUAUUUUGAAAAGAAGUCGUAGAGGUUAAAAACACUUCGUCAUCGAUCAACCGCGUAGUAUUAAAGAAAAUGGCGAGAAUAUUUAAAACAACAACACUGCCGAGACCGCUAGUUCCGUAACCAACGUAGAUGAUGCAACUACUUGAAAAUUGCAUAAAGAACUUCAACCUUUCGAGCGAAGGCUACAACUUCAGUAAUUUCCAGACGAAGGGCCUUAAGGCUUCGCUCGAAUCGUCGAAAUUGUGUUGUAUUUUUCAGGUGUCGCAUCAUGUGUACAAAUUCGAAGUUUGUAUUGUUCACUGACUGGCACAGAAAAUUGGCAUGGAACAUUCAAGACGAAAUGUUUAUAAACUAACGAUUUUUAUAAAGUUUCCUGGACAAGUUUUUUGUGAUAACUUACUGUAAUUCCUCGUUUAUAACAUAUAAAUUAUAGCAGUUGGACCUGAACUUGUAAUAGUAUUUACGGAACAAAAAAUAACGAUUGUGGUUUUCUGGCCGACAUUCAAAAUUUGUUAAAACGUAUUUGGAACACUUCCAUCAAACCUUUAUUUUGUUAAUCUAGAGCUUUAAAUGUUCCCUAUAAUAAUCCGUUACAUUUCAUUCUCGUUUCUAGAGUUUAAGGUAAACCUAGUUUAGAAAAUUGUACGUCAACAUUAAUGACACGUCGUACUGGCACUUUAUAUAGUUAUAGACAAGAGCGCUCAUAUAAAGGGCGGUGCAACGCGCAGAUGUCGCAGCCUGUCGCUUACGAUUUCGCUUUUUUCUGCCCAAAGGGCAAAAGCAGAAUGCUUGCCUAAUAUUGAUGUUAGGAGAUUCAUUUGUAGCCAUCUUACAGCUUGUACAAAUUUUUAUAUGUUCGUGUUUUAAAUUUCUUAAAAACCGCAUGUUGUGUUGCCUUAAAUAAAAUACUUGAAGUCUUCAAAGGGUUGGGACAGCAUUAUUCUCAUCUUCGUUUGAUCCCAGCUUCACUCACCGAGUGACCGUCUGUUAGGCUACUUUUACCCUUAUUCUCCAUUGUAUUUAUUUCCUAUAUAUAAGAAAUAUAAAGAAUCUUUCGCAAGUGUUUUAUACCUAUAUAGCUGUAGUUUUCAAGAACAUGAGAACCGAGAGGCGAGAAGAGCAUCGAGCCUUGCUUAUCAUCGAGUCCUAUUGCAAGUCGAUAAAAUAUAAUUGGCUUUUUAUCAUUUCGAUGCUUUCUCGAUAUAUGCACAACCAUACCCUAACGCUGCCUGUAUAUAAAUUUUUAUAUGAUAAAUUUUGGUUGUGCCUUGCGCCUAAAACUGUUGCAUGUAAAUCGAGCACAUAACUCACCUACGCUAUCUCAUAGGUGAGCUGUGUGCUUGAUUUGCACAGUAUAACUCAAGUUGUAAGCAUGAGGUUCAGCAUGCGACAGUUUUAGGCAAAAGUUGUAUACUGUAAAUCGGUCUUUACUAGUUUUAGUCCAGAUUUUGUCGGAAGAGCGCUUCGAAGUGUGCAGACUUCACGCCAUGACACAUGUGACAUGACACGUAUUAUAUUGUAUUACUGCUUUAUAGUGAGAAGAGAAAGAUAAGACAAUUUCUUGAUGUAACUGUACGAAUGCUGCUAGAUUACCUAUAUAUAGAUAUACAUCAUGCCAUAUUGAAUAAUUUGCUUGCCUAACUUCAGACAGUAUCUUGUGUUAUUAAUCUUCCCUUCAAAUAUGUUAACCUAACUUGUGAACCCCAAUUAUUAGCCAGGUCUUUUUAGUCCGUUUUAUCGAAGUAACGACAAAAUGCUUAUAUUAAUAUACAUCAGUUUCCAACAAUAUUUUAUCUCCUGGCUUCGACGCUAGGCAAAUCUCCUUAAAAAACAGGAAAUAACCUCGGAAAUAAUAAUUACACUUUAGUCUUUACAAACCGAUGAGGAAAUAUAUCCACGUCACACAUACGUUAGUGACGUUACUGUAAAAUACAGUUUUCUGCUAAAAAGUUCGCCAAGAAGGUCUUGUAUUUGUUAAAAAGACAAGUAAAUUUACACAAAAACGAAAGUCUUAAGUUUUGGAGGAGAAUUUUCUAGGCGAGUCUAUAAACUGUCUAUAAAGGCCUUAAGGGCGACUUAUAGACGUGUAGACAUUUUUUUUCGUAUGUUUUGACUGGAAUUUGAGAUUGGUUUCUUAGAAUUCUAGAACUAUUCUAGAAUGGUAAGAAAUCCAGAAUGGAUUUCUCAGAAUUCUAGAACUUCUAGAAUUCUACGAAAUCCAUUCACAUACGAAAAACUUGUCUACACACAAAAGUCGACUUUUUUUUCGAACUGUGAAAGAGCAAAUAUUCUGAGAGCCUGCUCACAGACACGUGUGUAUUCAUACAAGCGUGAAGCGAUGAGAAUAUUAUAUGAGAAUAUAUAAUAUUGCUGAAACCAUAUAGUUCUUGGUGUUGCUUUUUGUGCUUAUAAAGCAUGGUUUCCAUGCACACAGACCCCUCAACUCUCACGCAUUCGGCGUGAGUCUCACGCAAUUCGCUUCACUCUGACGCUCUCACGCCACGUUUAGUAAAUCUCACGCAUAUAGCAGUUUCAUAGUAUUUUUUCAAUAAUAUAAUAUUGUAUUCUUAAAGGCACAUUAUUAAUCAUUAUACGGAUCGCAAAUCGAAUAUAUAAUCGCGUGUAAUUCAUGUUCCUGCAUAUACGGCCCGACAUUUUGCCCGCAAUUUGGAUACAAAAUAGUACGCAUAUGUAAAUACGGCGGUCAAAAGGAAGAAUCAGUCGGAGCAGAAUUUUAUAUGUAAAUUAUCAAAGGCAAAUUAAAGCUGAUUACUGUAUGUCGCAGAAAUACAGUUAUUGUAACUAAAGUGCCUUGUCUUAAAGGACGUUAUGAAGCAAUGUAUUUCAUUAAAAAACACCAACUCUCAUCAUGUACGAAAUGCCAUUUCAGACCCCCGGACGGCCGGACUUUUACAAAGGGGUCUUCCACAUCCCCAAUCUCACUCUUAAUUUCUCUGCAAAGUUGAGAGGUCUGUGCACAUGGUCGUAAAAAUAGAGUCACGAUCUUUCUCGACGGCCAGUUUAUAACAGUUUCACAACCUGCACACCCGAUCACCUAUAUAUACAUGAACUUACUGUUACAGCUCAACAGCUGGCCUCUGUAGCUCAGUUGGUUAGAGCGCUGCACCGGAAUCGCAGGGCCGUAGGUUCAAUUCCUACCAGAGGACCUUGUGCUGCAUUUUUCGCAGUCGUUCCUGGUCAGGUCUUAAAAUGUAUAUAAUCACUUGGAUUACAAACCCUAACAUUCUAAUAUAAUAGUUUAUACCUGUAUGUCACAUAAAUCAUAAGUAUUCUCUAGUAUCACUCCGCGUAUUUUCAGUUCUAAAAUGUUGUAUUUCGGCUGAUGAGAAAGAUCGUGACUCAAUCUUUACGAUCGUCACGACCAUAUGGAAACCACGCUUAAUAUGAUAAUUUCUGAAAUAAUUUUCUGGCCACAAGUCUAGAAAUUGUUAAUGACAUUGCAGUUCAACACUAUUUGUAGACAUUAAUAAGUGAUCAUGACCAAAAACGCUUUCACAUCAUAGACAAAGAAUAGUAAGAAUGACAAGAAUGUUGUUUGUUCAACGUACGUAAGUCCUUGAAAUUAACGUAAAUCCUCUUACGCGGGCGGCAUAGAAAUUCCGGACCACUACAAGUGCCGGAUAACUCAUAAUGCUCUAGAACACACCAGUGACGUAGCCAGGAUUUUUAGUCAGGGGGGGGGGGGAUUUUACCCUUGUUUAUUAUGUGAAAAUGUAUUUGGACUCCCACGCUAUCAAUGCAUAACAUAGUCGAUGCAAAAUAUAAAUUCUAGAUUCGGUAAAGUGUUUCACCGUUUUGGAGGCUAUUUUAUUUUAAUGUGUUUUUGGUGAUUUUGAAUAACCAUUUAACACAUAACAACUCUACUUAAUCACAAACGAAUCCAGAACAUUUAAAACAUAGCAAGAUAUAAAAUUUACGUUACAAGAAACAAAAAUAUAAUGCACAUGUUUGUACUGGCAGACAUUUUCCAAGCGGGGCCUAAUAUUUUUCCAGGUGGGUCCACCCCUCUCUGACUACAUCACUGGAGCACACAGUAAUUAUAUCCUGGACCACUGACAUAUGCCAUGGUAAUAUUAUGUAGAAUAAAGAAUCUGGAUAGUAGAUGGAAGAACACUAUUAUUGUGUACAAGUCAUCACCAAUGUUUUGAACAAUUCUCAUUUUUGUUCCUGUUUAAACAGUACAUAUAUUUGCAAGCAAACGAAGGCACUGGGUGGUCCCAAUUUCUAAGACUGCAGAGAACACGUUCAAUCCAAUCAGAGAUGUUGUAGAUACAAUGAAGAUUGAACCAAAUCCAGAUAUGAAAGUGAUUCGACUUACAGUUGGUAUGUAUGGUUUUGCUGCGGGGGAGGUAUACGUUUUCCUGAAAAUAAAAGGUCCAAAAAAUUUUUUUUCAAACUUGUUUUGGGUAAAAAAAAACUUCAGAAUUUUUCGACCUCAAUGGGUGAUUCCAGCGGCAGACGAAAUUUUGAUCUAGACAAGACGAACGAAAUCCAUUACCAUAGCUGGAAAGAGCAUCUUAAAAUGAGUAAAAUUGCAAAGUUUGCAUGCACAAGGUUGUAAAAUGAUGAAAAUAUAGCCCUGUGAAGUUCGCAAAUUUUGUAUAUAUUUGUAUUACGCGCGGUAAAAAUAACCAUUUUUGAGCCGAAAGUGGUUAUUUUUACCGCGUAAUACAAAUAUACUGUACAAAAUUUGCGAACUUCACAGGGCUAUAUUUUCUUCAUUUUACAACAAUUAGCAACCACUCUUUGCAGUUUUACUCAUUCUACGACGCUUGUUCCAGCUGUAGUGUUGGAUUUCGUUCUUCUUGCCUUGAUCAAAAUUUAGUAUAUAGCUGGAGUCAUCCAUCCAUUUUUCACAAUAUUCCUAAAUAUUUAACAGACCUUAACACGUUUGUUUACGUUUCAAACGUACACGAUGGGCGGGUCAAACGUGCAUGUUGAAACGUAACAACAAUUAGGCCUAGUUUGAACCGCGAAAUAGUGACGUUUGGGCGAGAUUUGUCAAACGUCACUAUUUCGCGGUUCAAACUAAUUGUUGUUACGUUUCAACAUGCACGUUUGACCCGCCCAUCGUGUUCGUUUGAAACGUAAACAAACGUGAAAAAAACUUUGGAUUUUGCGGUUGCUUGCAAAUGGUAGUAACAGAUCUUAACACGUUCCGCAAUUCCAGCAUUUGGGGCCCCCCUCUGGGCACAUUGGCCCCCUUCCCUAACUUUUCUUGGGGGGACACCCCCCAUUUGGAACAGCGCUCAGGUUGGUCAGUCGGCAACUUCAGCUGUGUUAUAAUAUUAAUGUUCCCCUCGAUUUACUGGAGUUAUUAAUGUGACAAUGAUUUGUAUAUUAUUUUAGGAGAUCCAAGUGUGUUUGGCAACUUGCCACCAAGUGAAAGAUGUGUUGAAGCAUUUUGCAAUGCAAUCAAAUCUGGCAAGGACAAUGGUUAUAGACCAGCACAUGGUAAUUAUGACUUCAUAAAAUAAUGGUAUUCAAGACUUGUUCUUUAAACCAUUAAGCUGCAUUGCACCCCAAUGCACCCUACUUUAUUAUCUUACUCUGUCUAAUGCCAGACGAUUUUACUUGUCAAGGACAUAUCCUGAUUGAACAAUUACAUGCAUGCACUAUAUGAUGAACUUUAUUAAUUUAGGAAGUCUUGAGGCCCGAGAGGCAGUGGCAAAGUAUUGUUCCACACCUAACCAUACUGUAAAUUCUGAG